AGACAUUCGGUCAUAGAGGCGGUGGAGGGGGCGCUCGAGCCGCGUCGCUGAAACAAAUCAACGCUUGAAGGCAGAUUACAGAAGAGGGUGAGUAGACUAAUUGCGUCAACCUGCUGCGCCUUCUUUUACCCCCCCGCAAAUAUCACCUCGGGAGCGCAGAAAUUCACCCGAAGACAACCUGUCCUGUUGAUGCGGGUCCCUGGAGAUCCAGGGCGAUGUCGACGCCAGAUCCCCCCAUGGGAGGAACCCCUCGCCCAGGUCCUUCCCCUGGUCCGGGUCCCUCCCCUGGGGCUAUGCUGGGCCCCAGCCCCGGGCCCUCCCCAGGCUCCUCUCACAGCAUGAUGGGCCCCAGCCCCGGCCCUCCCUCCUCAGGACACUCCCAGCCGGGGCCCUCUGGAUACGGCCAGGACAGCAUGCACCCUCUGCACAAACCCAUGGAGAGCAUGCAUGAGAAGAGCAUGAGUGAGGAGAGCCGCUUCAGUCAGAUGAAGGGCCUGUCUAUGAGACAAGGCGUGCACAGCGGUAUGGGCCCCCCGCCCAGUCCUCUAGACCAACACUCACAAGGUUACCACUCUCCAUUAGGUGGCUCUGACCACUCCAGCCCUGUCCCUUCAAAUGGUCCCCCCUCUGGACCUCUGAUGCCAUCAUCCUCUUCCUCCUCCUCCUCCGGCGGUCCCGGCUCUGCCUCUGCUCCUUUAGACGGCCCCAGCGGAGAUCAACACACCCUGGGUCCCAAUAACCGGCCGGGCCCUCCCGGUAGCUCCGGCCCAGGCCCCAGCCCUGGACCCGGCCUGGGCCCCAGUGUCUCCACCCUUGGCUCUGGCCUUGAAUCUGGAGGCCCUCCAGGCCCCGGAGGUCCCGGUGGCCCUGGUGGCCCUACUCCUUUCAACCAGAACCAGCUCCACCAACUCAGAGCCCAGAUCAUGGCUUAUAAGAUGCUGGCCCGGGGACAGCCCCUGCCAGACCACCUCCAGAUGGCGGUCCAAGGGAAGAGGCCGAUGCCUGGGAUGCAGCAGCAGCAGCCCAUGCCCAGUCUGGCUCCUGGAGUUGGAGUCGGACCAGUAGGUGGACCGGCAGGACCAGUUCAAGGGCCUGGGCCAAUGGGCUCAGGCUACAGUCGAGCUCAUGGAAUGAUGGGUCCCAACAUGCCUCCUCCAGGCCCAUCGGGGCCUCCAGUUGGGAUGCAGGGACAAAACCUAAACGGACCUCCCAAGUCCUGGCCUGAAGGUCCCAUGGUGAAUGCAGCAGCCCCCUCCAACGCACCCCAGAAGCUGAUCCCCCCUCAGCCCACCGGUCGGCCCUCUCCCGCCCCGCCCUCAGUGCCCCCCGCUGCCUCCCCAGUAAUGCCUCCACAGACUCAGUCCCCUGGCCAGCCAGCACAGCCUACUCCCAUGAUGCCUUACCAUGCCAAGCAGAACCGCAUUACCCCCAUUCAGAAACCCUGCGGCCUCGACCCAGUGGAGAUACUGCAGGAGAGGGAGUUCAGGUUACAGGCCCGUAUAUCUCAUCGUAUUGCUGAACUGGAGAACCUGCCGGGCUCCCUGGCUGGUGAUUUACGUACCAAAGCUACUAUAGAGCUCAAAGCCCUCCGGCUGCUUAACUUCCAGAGACAGUUGCGUCAAGAGGUGGUGGUGUGUAUGCGUCGCGACACCGCUCUAGAGACUGCCCUCGACGCCAAGGCCUACAAGCGAAGCAAGCGUCAGUCUCUGAGAGAGGCCCGCAUCACAGAGAAACUGGAGAAACAGCAGAAGAUUGAGCAAGAGCGCAAACGCAGGCAGAAACAUCAGGAGUACCUCAACAGCAUCCUCCAGCACGCCAAAGACUUCAAAGAGUACCACCGCUCCAUCACGGGCAAAAUGCAGAAACUGACCAAAGCAGUGGCCACCUAUCAUGCCAACACUGAGCGGGAGCAGAAGAAAGAGAAUGAGCGCAUUGAGAAAGAGAGGAUGAGGAGGCUCAUGGCUGAAGAUGAGGAGGGCUACCGUAAACUGAUUGACCAGAAGAAGGAUAAGCGUCUGGCCUACCUGCUGCAGCAAACUGACGAGUAUGUCGCCAACCUCACCGAUCUGGUCAGAGCUCACAAAGCGGCGCAGGCCCUCAAAGAGAAAAAGAAGAAGAAGAAGAAAAAGAAGAAGUUGGAGAACGCUGAGGGUCAGACUCCUGCCAUGGGUCCUGAUGGGGAGCCUCUGGAUGAGACGAGUCAGAUGAGUGACCUGCCUGUGAAGGUCAUCCAUGUCGACAGCGGGAACAUCCUGUCCGGAGUGGACGCUCCCAAAGCUGGACAGCUGGAGACCUGGCUGGAGAUGAACCCGGGUUACGAGGUGGCUCCUCGCUCAGACAGUGAAGACAGCGAGGAGGAGGAAGAGGAGGAGGAGGAAGAGGAGGAGCCUCAACCAUCGGCUACUCAGGUGGAGGAAAAGAAGAAGAUCCCAGACCCUGACUGCGAAGACGUGUCAGAGGUGGACGUCCGACACAUCAUCGAAAAUGCUAAACAGGAUGUGGAUGACGAGUAUAUCGGUGCAGCGUUCGCCCGAGGCCUCCAGUCUUACUAUUCUGUUGCUCACGCUGUCACAGAGAGGGUGGACAAACAGUCCACUUUGUUAAUAAAUGGACAACUCAAACAGUAUCAGGUUAAAGGUCUGGAGUGGCUGGUUUCCCUCUACAACAAUAACCUGAAUGGCAUCCUGGCGGAUGAGAUGGGUCUGGGAAAAACCAUCCAGACUAUCGCCCUCAUCACGUACCUCAUGGAGCACAAACGGCUCAACGGUCCCUACCUCAUCAUUGUACCCCUCUCAACUCUUUCUAACUGGGUGUAUGAGUUUGACAAGUGGGGGCCGUCAGUCGUGAAAGUGUCCUACAAGGGGUCUCCUGCUGCCAGAAGAGCCUUCAUCCCCCAACUGCGCAGUGGCAAGUUUAACGUAUUACUCACCACGUACGAGUACAUCAUCAAGGAUAAACAAGUACUGGCUAAGAUUCGUUGGAAGUACAUGAUCGUGGACGAGGGCCACCGUAUGAAGAACCACCACUGUAAGCUGACCCAGGUCCUGAACACCCACUACCUGGCCCCGCGGCGAGUCCUGCUGACAGGGACGCCGCUGCAGAACAAACUACCCGAGCUCUGGGCGCUGCUAAACUUCCUCCUGCCCACCAUCUUCAAGAGCUGCAUCACCUUCGAGCAGUGGUUCAACGCCCCUUUCGCCAUGACCGGAGAGAAGGUGGACCUGAAUGAAGAGGAGACCAUCUUGAUUAUCCGUCGUCUCCACAAAGUACUUCGCCCCUUCCUGUUACGCAGGUUAAAGAAGGAAGUGGAGGCACAGCUUCCAGAGAAGGUGGAGUACGUGAUCAAGUGUGACAUGUCGUCUCUUCAGAGGGUGCUGUACAGACACAUGCAGGCCAAGGGGGUCCUGCUCACUGAUGGAUCAGAGAAGGACAAGAAGGGUAAAGGAGGUACAAAGACGCUGAUGAACACCAUCAUGCAGCUGAGGAAGAUCUGUAACCACCCUUACAUGUUCCAGCAAAUAGAGGAAUCUUUCUCUGAACAUUUAGGAUUCACUGGUGGGAUAGUCCAGGGUGCUGACCUGUAUCGGGCAUCAGGAAAGUUUGAGGUGUUGGAUCGAAUCCUGCCGAAGCUGAGAGCCACCAACCACAAGGUGCUGCUCUUCUGUCAGAUGACCACACUCAUGACCAUCAUGGAGGACUACUUUGCCUAUCGCAGCUUCAAGUAUCUGCGUCUGGAUGGCACUACGAAAGCUGAGGAUCGAGGCAUGUUACUGAAGACAUUCAAUGAACCGGGGUCAGAUUUCUUUAUCUUCCUCCUGAGCACCAGAGCUGGAGGCCUCGGCCUCAACUUGCAGUCUGCCGACACUGUGGUUAUUUUUGACUCGGACUGGAACCCACAUCAGGACCUGCAGGCUCAGGACCGAGCCCACCGUAUCGGUCAGCAGAACGAGGUGCGCGUGCUGCGUCUUUGCACGGUCAACAGUGUUGAAGAGAAAAUCCUGGCUGCUGCCAAGUACAAACUGAACGUGGACCAAAAGGUUAUUCAGGCUGGCAUGUUUGACCAGAAGUCUUCCAGCAACGAGCGCAGGGCCUUCCUUCAGGCCAUCCUCGAACACGAGGAGCAAGACGAGGUCUGGGGGCAGGAAGUGUGUGUUCGCAUUAAUGAGGAGGAUGAGGUGCCAGAUGACGAGACGGUCAACCAGAUGAUUGCCAGGAGUGAGGAGGAGUUCGACCAGUUUAUGCGUAUGGACCUAGACCGGCGUCGUGAGGACGCCCGUAACCCGCGGCGAAAACCUCGUCUGAUGGAGGAGGACGAGCUGCCCACUUGGAUCAUGAAGGACGACGCUGAGGUUGAACGACUGACCUGCGAGGAGGAGGAGGAGAAACUGUUUGGACGAGGUUCUCGGCAGCGGAAGGAGGUGGACUACAGCGACUCACUGACGGAGAAGCAGUGGCUCAAGUCUAUGUUUCCCGUUCAGGCGAUAGAGGAGGGAACACUGGAGGAGAUGGAGGAGGAGGUACGCCACAAAAAGACGACCCGCAAGAGGAAGCGGGACCGCGACCUGGAUCUCCCUGGUCCCUCCUCUUCCUUAGGGGGACGAGGACGAGGGGACAAAGAUGAAGACGGGAAGAGGCAGAGGAAGAGGGGACGACCACCCGCUGAGAAACUCUCCCCCAACCCCCCUCCCCUCACAAAGAAGAUGAAGAAGAUCGUGGACGCCGUCAUCAAGUAUAAAGACAGUGCCAGUGGGCGUCUGCUGAGCGAGGUGUUCAUCCAGCUGCCAUCUCGAAAAGAGCUACCAGAGUACUACGAACUGAUCCGCAAGCCCGUGGACUUCAGGAAGAUCAAGGAGAGGAUUCGAGGUCAUCGCUACCGCAGUCUGGGUGACCUGGAGAGAGACGUCAUGCUGCUGUUCCAAAACGCUCAGACCUUCAACCUGGAGGGAUCACUGAUCUAUGAGGACUCCAUCGUCCUCCAGUCAGUGUUUACCAGUUUGAGGCAGAAGAUCGAGAAGGAGGAGGAAAGUGAGGGGGAGGACAGUGAGGAAGAGGAAGAAGAGCUGGAGGAAGGAUCGGAGUCUGAAUCUCGCUCAGUGAAAGUGAAGAUCCGUCUGGGAAGGAAGGAUAAAGGUGGAGAUCGGGGGAAGGGACGCAGCAGACGAACCGGACGCACCAGAGCCAAACCUGUUGUUAGUGACGACGACUCUGAGGAUGAGCAGGAAGAGGAGCGUUCGCCCAGUGCCACUGACGAGGAGUCCUGAACUGUUCUGUAAUGUCGGAGAGAACGGGGCAUAAAGGGAUAUUCCACCAACGCGAGCGCUGCAUUUACAGUAAAUAAAACAUGCCUCUGUCAACUCUAUCCACCCUCAAUCAAAUGUCAAAGGACUCAAAUAGCAGGAGACGUUUGCAAUACCGUCAUAUCAUAAAACACACACAUUAAUUGGACUAUGCACAUCGCUGCAUUAAACUUAUUUCUGUUUCUCUGCUGAGGCUCAGUCUGAAAAUGUAUCUCAACAGCUUUUUAUCUUUGUGUGCAUUUUCAGGAGAGUUGUUGAUCAGUUCUAAUGAAUGUUGUCAGUGUACAGGUGUUAAAACACUACAGAGAGUCAGCUUGACUUAGAAAAUAUACUGCAAAUACCCUGAAGCCAUUUAUAAUUUCACAUUUCUGAAUGGCAACAAUUACAACAGUAACAUUUUCUUUUAAAUCCCCCUAUUUACCAUUUAUAAGCAGUAUAUAAACAUUUAAAACAAGGUUGAUAACCUACUAUAAUGUAGUUCUACGCAGCUUUGUGUUUAUUAAUGUACAGUAAUUGUAAUUCUCCUAUGAAGACAUAUUUUAUAUUGUUGUUUUACUAUGUUGUAGUUCAUAAUCUGUUUAUAAACCAGCCUCCACUUAUGGGUGACCACAGGAGGAGUUAUAGCUGUUGACAAAUACAUUAAUAAAUGCUUAUAUCUGCCUUAUUGUAGUGUGUUAUAAACCACUUAUUAAGUGUUUAUAUACUGCUUAUAAAUGCUAAAUAGGGGGACUAAAAGUGUUGUCAUUACAACUAACCCAAUCAGUCUUUAAGAGGAAUAAAGGUUCAGUUAGAUAAACUCUGACAUAACAAGACAUUUUAUUUCCUAUGACGUCUAUAUUUAUCCAGAUUUUCUAAUUGUUUUGGACUAAAUCGUGAUCAACAUGAGUCCUUAGCUAACCUGAGGGGUUAGAACUGGCAGGAACCAGUAUAGUGAAGUAAACAACAUUGAAUGUAAACAGAAAAUGUUUUCAGACAGAGCUACUACCUUACCUUACCUGGACAUAUUACAAACCUGAUGUUUCACCUCUGCUUCGCUGUGGCGAUGUGUGUUGUAACGACAGUCAGCCACUGCGGAGCCACUGUGAUUACCGAAGUGUGUGCACAUCACAUUUUUGUGACCGGUGCUCACUGUAUGAGUUGUGAAUCCAGCCCGUUGUGGGUGCAGGGUGUUUCCAGACUUCUCAGAAGCUCUUUCGCCACAGCUGACUGAGGUUUAAUGGAGUUGAGUCCAGGUCACUGUAUAUAAAGUACAGUAUAAAAACAACCUUGCUGCUGUUACACUUCCAAUAUAAGCACUUAUAACUGUUGAUUGUAGACUUAAAGAAUCAUGAGGUCGUAAUUCAUCAAUGAGUACUGUAUUUUUAUUUGCUUCUCCUUCAGUUGUAGUGUGGUGGUUUUAGGAUUUCUGAUCUGUUCGAUGUACUUUUGGCACUUUUUAUGUUUUUGUUUUUAAGACAAAGGACCAGAGGGACGGCGGCUCCUCUCUGCUUGUGAAUGCCUCAUGGCUGCACGGUGUUGGAUAUACUGCUGUAUAGAGUAUUUUUUAGAGUAUAAUGUCAAUGCACGUGUGUACAGCUCGCAAGUUCAGUACUGUACUUUUUUUCAUUAUGGUAGAGUGAACAACAUAAAACCAAAGCAUCAACGUUUUCUCCACUGAAUUAUUGGGAUCUGUCUGUGUUGUGUUGUGGUCAUCGUCGCUGGAACUCAAAACGUAACAAUAAAUCACAGUAAAAGCGAA